UUCGGCCUCAAGAACCCGGCGAGGUGAGCAAGGAUGAUGGAGUCCGACUCGCUUCUGUUCCUCUACCCUAACAUUAGAACCCGAGGGGCACCUCUGCCCUCUUCCCUGCCCCAGUAAAUGAGAAUUCUUCGCAAGGGUUUCCUUGACGUUCUUUCCUGCUCUCUUCAGCUCGUCAAUGUGGGAGGGAGGGACAUAGGUCGUAGUAUAACUCCUUUUGCUUCUUGUGGACCUCUCACAUUUAUUUCUGGGAACCUUGAGGUCUGCUAUACAACGUCGUCCCUGGCACCCACAUCUUUCGACCAAGAACCAAAUCAGACCAAAAGGGAAUCUCUAGUUUCUCAUAACCUAGAGGAAGAAGUGUAUGCUCAACAUAUCAGGAGAGUGAUUUUGAAAGUUAAGAAUGGUACCGUUGAAGAUGUUGUUCGAUCUCUUAAGGGUGAUGGAUUUUGUUGUGAAAUUCAACUUACAGUUAACCUUGUGGACAGUCUGCUGCAAAAAUUUGGAGAUGAUUGGAAAUCUGCUUUGGGUUUCUAUGAGUGGGCUAGUUCACACAAGGGAUACAAACAUACACGGUUUGGACAUGAUAGGAUGGUGGACUUGCUGGGAAAAAUGAGGCAAAUGGAUCGAAUGUGGGACUUGGUGCACAAAAUGCAUAGCGAAGGCUUCAUAACACUGGACACAAUUGCAAAAGUCAUGAGAAGACUUGCAGGGUCCAGGAGAUGGAGAGAUGUUGUUGAGUUUUUUGACGAGUUAGAAUAUAUGGGUUUUGUUAAGGAUACGGAGACCAUGAACCUUCUACUUGAUACUCUUUGCAAAGAAAAAAAAGUUGAAGUUGCUCAUGUAGCUUUUUUUGAGCUCAAGAAUCACAUAUCUCCAAAUGCUCAUACUUUUAAUAUUUUUGUCCAUGGCUGGUGUAAUGCUCAUAGAGUUGAUGAGGCAUUGUGGACUUUCCAAGAGAUGAAAGACUUGGGAUUCAAACCUUCAGUCAUUACAUACUCAAUUAUUAUUCAAGCUUACUGUAACCAAUGUAAUGUCGGAAAGGCUUAUGAACUUCUUGAUAAAAUGGUUGCUGAUGGUUGCCUUCCAAAUAUAGUCACUUACACUAUUCUUAUGAAUUCACUUGCUAAGGCACAAAAAUUUGAUGAGGCCUUGAGUAUAUUUGAGAAAGUGAAAUCUGCUGGUUGUAUACCUGACACAUUAUUCUACAACUCUCUUAUCAACAUUCUAGGGAGAGCAGGUCGACUUCCAGAAGCCUUUCAUAUCUUUGAGAAGGAGAUGAAAAUGAAUGGUGUGAAUUGUAGUAUAUCCACAUAUAAUACAAUGAUCUCAAUUUCGUGUCUUCAUAAACAAUGGCAAAGUGCUCUGAAUGUCUUGGAGAAAAUGAAAAGUUCAUCUUGUAAGCCUGAUCUUCAGACAUACAGGCCACUACUUAAGUUAUGCUUUAGUGAGGGAGAACUGGAUGUCCGGAUUCACAGCUUGCUGAAUGACAUGGCUGAUAAAUAUCAUCUCAGUUUUGAUCUUGAUACUUACACAACUUUGAUCCAUGGCCUAUGUAGUGUAGGUGAUAUUGGAUGGGCCACUCUCCUCUUUGAUGAGAUGAUAGAUCGAGAGAUUCUGCCUAGGAGACAAACAUGCAAGAUGCUUUUGCAAGAAGUUGAACAAAGAAACAUCAAAGUUGAUACAGAGGAUACAAUUGUAUAUGGCAAUGACUUGCACAAGAUUAUUGAGGGAAACCAGUAUACCAAACAAGGCUGCUCCAUUUAUUAUGGGCAUCAGAGGGUUUGCAGUAGGUGGUGGCAAUGUGGCAAUGCAAAAGGUGCCUAAAGGUGUUGCAAUUGCUGCUCCUAAAGCUUCUGCAGUAAAGAAAGAACUAAAAAGUACCACUGUUCUUGGAGCCAGUAUCUCCUCAAGGAUGAUGCAGAUCCUAAGAUAAAGCCAGAUACUGAGUUCCCAAACUGGCUGUGGCUUUUGCUUAACAAACGUCCUCCAUUGGCUUUUCAAAGCCUUAAACAUUUUGUUAAGCUGCAUAACAGUGCAUGUAUUAGUGAAAACAAUAGUAUCAGAGCUAAAAUUGAUGGUUAUGCUUAGUUGGAGUUGAUAAAAAUUCUAUUUUCUGGUCCAAUGCUGUAUGCACUCGUGUUGUUUUA